AUGUUUAGCACUUGGAUCUUUUCCGCUUUGUUUGUAUCACUGUUCGCAGUGGCAAGUCCAAUUGGCCAAUCACAACGUUCUCAAGCCAAUGUCAGAGUGGGAUAUCAUCUUGAUGAGCUUGAGUAUGCAUUCAGAGGAAUCUAUUGGCGAGAAGCUUUCAGGCCCGAUAUUUGCGACGAUAGACAACCACUUAUGAUCAUAAACGCCUUCUACGGCGCCCAAAAAAUGAUGGAAAAUGCAGUCAACCCGAGCACCGUACUAACUCGUAGCUACGCCUGGUCCCGUUAUUUCGGGUUUCGGAAUUACUGGCUACAAUCUGACCAAUACACUCAAAACCAAUUUGAAGUACUUCAAAGCCCGGGCUCACGACUCAACCUUGGCAGAGCGAGUUCAAAUAUAGACCACAAGUACACAAUUAUAUUCUGUCCUUACUUUUUCGAUGGUCCCCUGAGAUACUUGGAAGAUCGGUCACAAAAGCAAAAGCCCUCUUCUGAAAUUGCUUUCUUGGAUACUUACGAGAGAGCCGUUGCCCAUGAACUCAUGCAUGUCGAUGACUUUGGGUAUGAGGAACAUAUUGGGGACCAGGUAGAAACUUUCAACGGCGAUGGGCAGUGGCGUCACAUCUACGGUGAAAGUAAUUGUCGCGAGUAUGCCCAUAUGAAAUCACCAAAAGCUAAUUUAGGUGUCGUUUUAAACGCCUGCGAAGCGGACAACUAUUCCUGGUUCUUCCUGUAUUACUAUUACGAAAUUUUAUGGCAUUGGAGAAGCCUAAGCCAAAGCAAUAUGUUGGAACCAGGGAUACUCAACAGGACUGGAGAUAACGAGAAAGAGAAUCUUGCGGCGACGAACCUUCCCAAAAAUGCAGGACAUAAUGAAGAGCUUUCGGAAAAGUGUCAUCGUAUGGAUAAAGAGGAUGAAUUUGGAAAUUCAACUUUUGCGUGUGAAUACACAAGUCUUAACUUUACUGAACGGGUUUUCACCGCCGAUACUCCGUUACUUUCAGAAGGUGGCUGUGACUUAUCACAUGAGUGUCAUACAUCUUUAGACCAACUCGUCCAUCCUAAUUGCACUUGCAAAUGUAACCGUGGCCGGCCAACCUCGCUCAGUGACGAAAGGUGCAAAGGAUAUGCUGGAGAUCUUCCUGUAUGGUCUGAGGCGGCUGAUAGCUGA